CUCACUCGCUCAUCCAGAUACAAGGAAAUGGGUCACAGCAUGUAAUGUGACCAGCCAACUAUUCGCGAUCUUCAACCCUAAUACCUGUGGGUAACUAUGGGACUUUACAGUGCUGUCUGACCAGGGCAAAGAAAAACAUCGAGCCGACUUUAUUUUUCGUAGAUUUUUACUUAGAGUUUAUAAAGGAUCCCUAGGAGAGAAAAUCAAGAUAUAAUUCUGUUGCAGACAGUUGGUACCCAUUGUCAUCUGUGACCGAGGGAUGGAAGGACUGGCAUAAUACCUCACCGUGCCAAAGUUAUACAAUAUGGAGCAAAUAUUCUUCACACUUUGGCUGGUUUACAGUAUGAAGUUUUAGAUUUUUUUUCCUCCCUCCGCACACCACUAUCCCCCUCCAAAACAUGGGCUGUGCAAAAUCAAAGGAGUCUUCAGACCAUCAAGGAAAGAGCUUAAAUGAUCCCGUACGUAAAUCUAACACCGCUCUUUAUGUGAAAGAUCCUACAUCCAACUCCCAUGCAAACGCACACAGCUUUCCUUCAGUGCCAUUAUCCGCUUCAGGAGGACAUGAUGACACAAUUGUGGUUGCACUUUAUGACUAUGAAGGCAUUCAUGAUGGAGACUUGAGUUUUAAGAAAGGAGAAAAAGUAAAGGUGCUGUCAGAACAAGGUGAAUGGUGGCUAGGAAAAUCAUUGCUAUCUGGUCAGGAAGGUUAUAUUCCAAGUAACUAUUUUGCCCAAGAUAACUCAUUGGAAAUGGAAGAAUGGUUCUUCAAAGGUGUCAGUAGAAAGGAUGCAGAGAGAUACCUCCUAGCAUCAGGAAAUAAAGUUGGCUCAUAUAUGAUACGAGACAGUGAAACGACCAAAGGCAGUUAUUCUCUGUCUGUCCGAGAUUAUGAUCCUGCAUUAGGUGACACGGUGAAACAUUAUAAAAUACGCACCUUGGACAAUGGUGGCUUUUACAUCUCCCCACGGGUAACAUUCACCACUUUAAAUGAGCUGGUCAGCCAUUAUAAGAAACAAGUGGACGGAUUGUGUCAGAAACUUACAAAGCCUUGUAUUAGUGAAAAGCCUCAAAAACCAUGGGAGAAAGAUGCCUGGGAAAUUCCAAGAGAGUCACUCAGACUAGACAAAAAGCUUGGAGCUGGGCAAUUUGGAGAAGUAUGGCUGGCUAUGUACAACAACCAUACCAAAGUAGCAGUGAAAACAAUGAAGCCAGGCAGCAUGUCUGUGGAAGCCUUCCUCAUGGAAGCUAAUCUAAUGAAGGCUCUUCAGCAUGAUAAGCUGGUGCGGCUCAAUGCUGUGGUAACAAAGGAGGAACCCAUAUACAUCAUUACAGAGUACAUGGCCAAAGGGAGUUUAUUAGAUUUCUUGAAGAGCGAUGAAGGGAACAAAUUGCAGUUGCCAAAGCUGAUUGAUUUUUCAGCCCAAAUUGCUGAAGGAAUGGCUUAUAUUGAAUCAAAGAACUAUAUACACAGAGAUUUGAGGGCUGCUAAUAUCUUAGUGUCUCACACGUUGGUUUGCAAGAUCGCCGACUUUGGCUUAGCCAGAAUAAUUGAAGACAAUGAAUAUACAGCCAGAGAAGGUGCUAAAUUCCCUAUUAAGUGGACAGCGCCAGAAGCCAUCAACUUUGGGUCAUUUACAAUCAAGUCUGAUGUGUGGUCCUUUGGAAUUCUUCUCAUGGAAACCAUUACAUAUGGCCGGACUCCUUACCCAGGAAUGUCAAACCCAGAUGUGAUACGUUCACUAGAACAUGGAUAUCGGAUGCCACGUCCGGAAGUAUGUCCAACGGAGCUCUAUGACAUCAUGAUGAAGUGCUGGAAGAAUAAAGCGGAAGAGCGUCCAACUUUUGAAUAUUUGCAAAGUGUGCUAGAAGACUUUUACACAGCAACAGAGAGCCAGUACCAGCAGCAACCAUAACAAGUUGUCAAACAUGUACAGAUGAUGGAAAAAUGCAAAAAAAAAACUCAAACCACCAUUUUAGAUUAACUGUUUAAGGUGUGCACUUGCAUUUUUGCACCUUUUCCACGAAGAAUAAUUUUCAAUAUUCUUGAAAAUAUGAGCAAUCUUUCUGCACAAAAUUUUUUUAAUGUUCAUUAGAUGGCUGAAUUAUAGGGUUUAUUUUUUUCUGAAGCAAUGUUUAAAGUAAUAUUGGUAAUGUAUUUUCAUUGACAUCACAGUUUUAUCUUUUAUUGUGCACUAUUUUUAUACUGAAGGUAGCACUCAAAACAGAACCUUGCAAUUACAGCCUCUUUUACAGCAAUGUCAUGUUUACAUGUUUUGUAAAUAGGUCAGUUGAAUUGUCACAGUCUCAUAUGGGUUACUAUAAGAGAAUUCCCAAUACGUACAUAGUCUAUAAAGUUGAAGUAGUUAUAGGGAAGAACUUAAUCUAUUUGUACAGUGUUUCAAAGAACUUGAUACACUUGGUGCCAGUGUCUACAAAGAGGGGAAGAAAGAGCAAGUUAUUCAUAAUAUUUUCAAAGACUAAAUGUUUUUAAGAUGACUAUCAUCAAUAAAAAGGCUGAGUAUCCUAUUUCAUAUUAGCUAAUAGAAUCCUUGCUAGUCUGUCUUGUGUUGUACUUCACAAUAUUAAUAGGUUACCCUGAGAACCAGGAUUGUGGAGAAAUUGUAUCCUCUCAAUCUUUAUACUGUUUUUGAAGGUGCAAUUGUGGUUGAGAUUGAGUCCAAGUUGACUUGGGUCAUGGCAGAAAUACUGCACAUAUUCAUAUUACCGCUUCAUCAUGUAAUUUCUCCAAGAUUCACUUUCCUGGGUAAUUUGGUAACGAGCAGCUUGAGGAGGAAGCAAGAGAGAGCUACUGAGCCAAAACCUUAGAAUUAAUUCUAGUCCAUGAAAUCAAAACUAAAUUGUGAAUUUAAUUGAUCCCUUUUAGCUUCGGAAUAUUUUUAAAGUUCUUUUUAUCAGGUGUGUGAUUUAAUAAAUGUUUGGAAAUAAUUUAUAACAAUGAGUACGCUUGAUCCAAUAAGUUUCAUUUGUAGCAACAUUUAGACCAAAGUGUAUCAGAACUUUGUUUAGUAAUGGACUGGAGCUUGUAGAUUUUUGAACUAUGCAUCACUAUUUCUCACAUGGCUUGAAAUAAUUUCAGAAUUUAAAAAAGUGCUAUGAUUACAAAAAUGUAGCCAUUGAUAUUGUAUAUUUGUAUUCAUGCUUGAGGUGUGAAAUAAAGUGCCUUAAUCUUAAAA